AUGGGUAUCAACGAAGUUAGCGUUGUUCAAGAAUACAAGGACUCUAUCAAGCAAAAAGCUGAGCACCUUAUCAUAAAGGGAUUUCCAGAGAAGAUAGUAAAGUUAAAUGAGAUGUUAGAAACUUCAAACUUUCAAAACCGUGAUUUAGCAGAUGUUCAUCAGGAUCUAAACAUUCCAAUACCACCACCAGCAAUUUCUUUGAAUGAACCAAAUGCAAAACUACCAUGUAAUAAACCACUGAGUGACCUUAUUCAUCUGGUUAAGCCUCACAUAAGAGAGCUAGUUGAAGAUUCUAAUUUGUUGAAAAUGUGGAUUUCAUUUAUGAUUCCUAAAAUUGAAGAUGGAAAUAACUUUGGUGUAUCAAUACAAGAGGACACACUAGCUGAGAUUCAGUCUGUGGAGUCUGAGGCAGCCGCUUUUUUCGACCAAAUCUCACGGUACUUCAUUUCGAGAGCGAAAAUAGUGUCAAAAGUUGCUAAAUACCCACAUAUUGAUGACUAUAGGAGAGCUGUCAGAGAACUAGAUGAGAAAGAGUACUUGUCACUAUGGCUGGUCAUGUGUGAGAUUCGCAAUCGUUAUUGUUCCCUGCAUGAUAUUGUCAUUAAGAACUUGGAGAAAAUCAAGAAACCACGCUCUUCUAAUGCUGAUUCAUUAUAUUAA